AUGUCGCUGAACUUAGUAGAACUAGUUAAGUGUGCUAAGGAAGCAGAGUUAGAAGUUCAGGAGAGGGAAAGACAGCGCGAAUAUGAAGCGAACGAGGCCGAGAAGCAGCGUGCCCACGAGCUGGCCCUUGCUCGCGUGAGACCCGAGAACCUUUCACUCAAUGACAGUCGUGAUCAUUACCCUAAAUUAAGAAUGCCUCUAUUCACUGAUGGUAAUGAUGAUAUUGAUGAUUAUUUGCGUAGAUUUGAGAAAUUAGCUGCUUUGCAAGGAUGGAAUUCUAAUGAUUAUCAUAUUUACCUUGGUUCACUCUUGGCCUUGCAAAUUUACGUAAGUUUGGCAGACGACAUUUUGAAGGAUUACAGUCAGUUAAAAGACGCGUUGUUGAAGGCGUAUAACGUUGACGCUGACUCAUACCGUAAAAAGUUCAAAGAAAGCAAAGUUGGUGAUACUGAGACUUACGUUCAGUUAAUUACGAGAAUGACCCAGUAUUUAGAUCACUGGUUAAUCAUGAGUAGUGUCGAAAGGGAAUACAACUCGUUGUUUGACUUUUUGAUACAAGACCAGCUGUUGAGUAAUUGCCCUCUUGACCUUCGCAUCUUUCUCAAAGAACGGACGUUCGCAAGUACAGUGGAAAUGGCUCAAACAGCAGAUGGGUAUCGUUGCGCCCAUAGAGCUGGUAGAGGUCAUAAAACACCUGUUAAAGAUGAAUCUGCUUAUAAGAAAGAUACGAAUGUUCCCCUUAAGGAUGUGAUUUGUCACCACUGUUCCAAAGUGGGUCACAUACGUCCUUCUUGCCCCGAACUUAAAUUCGCGAAACCCAAGACUUCUCAGAAAGUAAAUGCUGCAUUUAAGGCUAAUGUAAAUUACGAUCACGGUAUUACGUGUGAUGGAUCCUUAAAUGGCAAGCCAGUGAAUGUACUUUUUGAUUCGGGUUGCUCGUCAGUUAUAGUGAAGGAAUCGCUCGUGCCCGCCUCGGUCAAGCGAGGAAAGGUGGUUGCGCUGUAUGACUACCUGGGGGAGCGGCGCGAAUUCCCCACCGCACGUUGUCUGAUUAGGAGUAAAUUCCUGAAUGGGUGGUUUGACGUCGUGGUUGCGCCGAUAAAGUUCACGGAUGUCCUCAUAGGUAUGGUGCCGGGGGUCAAGGCGUCGAGCGUGAACAUUCCGAACACGAAAGCAGCCAAAACUCCUCAGAGGAGCGAAGUUAAUGCUGUUGCGACGCGGGCCGCCAAAGCGAAGGAAAAUGUCGGUCCUGACAAACUAAUUGUUCCCAGCUUCAAAUUUGAGAACGUCUCUAAGCAAGACUUCAUGGAUGCUCAGUCCUCUUGCCCGUCUCUAGAACACAUUCGUUCUAAGGAAAGAAUUAAAGCUAUUGUCACUGUUAAAAGUCGUCAUUUCUCUCAUCGAAAGACUGCAGAAAAGGUAUUCCAUAAAUUCUUUUGGCCAGGAGCAGGCGCAGAGAUCAAACGCUACUGUCGCUCUUGUCAUGCUUGCCAGAAAACGGUCCCUAAGGGCAAGAUCAGAAAGGCCCCCAUGGUUCAGAUGCCAGUCAUAAGCGAGCCGUUUUCCCGAGUAGCGAUUGAUAUCGUCGGGCCGAUCUCCCCGCCCUCGAGCCGAGGCCACAAGUAUAUGUUGACCUUGAUUGACAUGGCCACCAGAUUUCCUGAGGCAGUUCCUCUGAGAAAUAUCGACUCGGUAACUGUUGCUGAAGCGUUGUUAACCAUUUUCGCUCGUGUAGGAAUACCGAAAGAGAUUCUUUCUGAUCGUGGUACACAAUUUAAGUCUGAUUUGAUGGCAGAGAUCAACCGAUUACUUUCUGUUAAAGCAUUAUACACCAGUCCGUAUCACGCGUGUUGUAAUGGUACCGUCGAACGUUUUCACGCAGUGCUAAAAGCUAUGUUGAAAAAGCUCUGCAGCGAACGACCACAUGACUGGGAUCGUUACAUCCCAUCCGUCUUGUUUGCGUAUCGCGAGAUUCCUCACGAUACGCUAAAAUUUAGUCCGUUUGAGUUGCUGUACGGCCGUAAGGUACGUGGCCCUUUAUCAAUUCUGCAUAAUUUAUGGACUAAAGAUAUUGAUGGGGAGGUUAAGAGUACCUAUCAAUAUGUAUUAGAUCUGAGAUCUAGAUUAGAACAAUCGGCUCAACUAGCAUCCGCUCAUGCAGACGUGAAUAGCAGAAUGUACAAGACGUACUUCGACAGGAAAGCUAGAGCUCGAACGUUAAAAGAAGGGGAUGAAGUACUUGUGCUGUUGCCAACUUCGCAUAACAAACUAACUGUUCAGUGGAAGGGUCCCUAUUCUGUUGUACGCAAGCAUGAAAAUGGUGUAGACUAUGGAAUAAAAAUAAAAGGGAAAAUAAGGCUUUAUCAUGUGAACAUGCUGAAGAAAUAUGAAAGACGCGAAAAUGGCAUUUCUCACUCUCAGGUGUGCCAAGCUUGCGUGGUAGAUGCUUCUGAUCCCAUAGAUAAGAACGCUAAUGGCGUAUGUGAUAUACCCGAAUUGUAUAAUCCUGGUAAAUACGAAUUUAAUUUUAACUCUGAACUCUCAAAUGAACAAACCUCAGAGCUAAACCAUCUAAUCGCUGAUUUUCUUGACGUAUUUGUCGAUAAACCAGGCAUGACCAGUACAGUAGUUCAUGAUAUUCAUUUGACUACAGAGGUUCCCGUUCAUACGAAGCCUUAUCCUAUUCCAUAUCAUUUACGUAACGCUUUUGACGAGGAAGUGGAAAGGAUGAGGGAAUUGCGAGUAAUUGAACCGUCAACCUCUGCUUAUUGUUCACCUGUAGUACUGGUGAAGAAGGCCGACAACUCGUGGCGCUUUUGUGUAGAUUUCAGGUCUCCUAAUGACAUAAGCCUCUUUGACGCUGAGCCGAUGCCGACCAUGGAAGAAGCGUUGGGUAGUUUCGUGGGAGAUUCAUACUUUACGGAAAUUGAUCUCUGUAAGGGUUACUGGCAAAUUCCUCUGAGUGAUAAGGCGAAGCAGUACACCGCGUUUGCUACACAGAAGUAUGGCCUUAUGCAGUUUAGAAAAUUACCAUUCGGUUUACGUACGGCGUGCGCUACUUUCAUUAGACUGAUGCGUAAGGUAACUGCUGGUCUAAACAAUGUUAAUUGUUAUUUUGACAACUUGGUUAUACAUAGUCAGACAUUUUCUGAUCAUCUUUUGCAUUUGAGGAAAGUUUUGGAGCGUUUACGCGAGCACGGGUUAACCGCCGGGCCAAGUAAAUGUUAUUUUGCUUAUCCUAGCAUAAAAUAUCUAGGAUUUAAUCUUAGUGAUAAGGGAUUAAGUACACUUCCUGAUAAAGUUAGUGCCAUUAAGAACAUGCCUUUACCGGAGACGAAGAAGCAGUUACGCAGCUUUCUCGGAACUCUCUCGUUCUACCGAAAGUUCAUUCCGAAUCUGGCAAACCUCGCAUAUCCCCUGAAUGCUUUGUUAAAGAAAUUUAGUCCUAAUAAACUGAAUCUGACCCCUAGCCUCGUUGACAGGAUUAACGAAUUAAAAGAUCUCUUGAUGAAUGCCCCUAUUCUAACUUUGCCCGACUACAGUAAGACUUUCUAUCUUCGCACUGACGCGAGUGAUACUGGCCUCGGGGCCGUCUUGUUGCAAAGUGUCGAUGGCGUCCUCAUGCCCAUCGCCUACGCAAGUAGAAAACUUAAAGAUCGGGAGACUCGUUACGCUGUCAUUGAACGAGAAGGGAAAUAA